AUAUAUAUAUAUAUAUACUAUCAUCGUGAGUGCUUUUGAGUCCUCUUUUGUAUUGUUUUAAAAAAAAUUGCUGCUUUUUGUUGUUUUUCACAUUUUCAGCCUUUUGAAGUCAUGUGACUUGUGAACUGAACUCUGCCAUGAUGAAUCCCAUUCUCCUGAUAGGUCAGUUAGUGCUCUUGGAAAUGUCAGAUAUUGUAGUCCAAGUGCUUCUCUUUCACUUUAUUUGCUGUGAUUUCACCUGGAAACCACACAUCUGGGCCGACACAAAUGUUCACACUUCCCUUCUUAUUUAAAGUACACAUUAUCCUUCUAAAUGUAAUAAUUUGACCUGAAUUGAGAUCGGGGGUUUGUAGACGCCUCUUCCUGCAUCAGAACUCCCUGCAGACCUUUGGUACUACUGCUACCGAUAGCUCAUUCAAUUUUGUGUUUUCAGUUUAUCUUUUUUAAUGCGUGCAUUGAAAAUUCAAAUACAUACCAACAGGUCAGAUCUAAUUGCAUGUAAUAAUUCCCCUUGUGGUAUUUUAUUUAAAUUGAACCUAAGAGUGUCUUGGGAUUAUUUAAAUUGUUCGAGCUUUUGGUUUAUAUUUAACUCAGAAUCAUUUUUGACAUCUCACAUUAGUCUAAUAGUUAACAAAUAAUUGCUGUUGGGUAUCUUGGAAGGGCUAUUUUAAGUUAUUCAUGUUUUCUGGUUUGCUCCGUGUUAUUUUUAUUUGUCAUGUCCUGUAAGAUUGUAUUUUCCCAAAGCUGUUCUUGAGUCAACCUGGGGAAUGUAAAAGCACCACCUCUGUUUCUGAUCUCACCCUAUUUUGGCUUUUUUUUUAAUUGUUGGUGGUGAUGAAACUGGUUAUUAAAUAAUCAAACAGGGUUGGCAGCUCUAACUCUAUGAUGUGAACGUUUGGUCAAACUUGGACAGCCUUGUGCCUUUUUUUUUUUUUUUAAGAUUUGAAAUCUUGACAAAACCAAAAUGAAAGUUUUAAAAAUAUAUCUGUUUUUGCAAAUAAAUGCAUCAACUUCUCUGCAUUUCUUUUCAAUAUGAAUAACCAUUAAAUUAUAAAGUCACAAUGUUGCGAUUGUGAUGCGUGCACAUCGUUGUCCGGUAGUUAUUUAUUAGUUAGCUACCUGUGGCAAACUCCAGGUAAGUCUACUGACGUCAUCAGGAAGUGGACGGGAGACGUUGCACCGUGAGAGCUUGGAGCUUCUUUUGUUGAACGAUUAAACUUUAGGAACGUGCGGAUAUUUCAUUCACAGGGAAAACUUCGGGCCGAGAGGGAAAUGUGCAGCUUUGAUAAGGACAAAGGGCCGGGAAGGCUGAUGAAGAAGGGGCUAACGCUCAUCCUGGUCGGACAUAUCAACUUCAUCCUUGGAGCUAUUGUUCAUGGAAACGUUCUGCGCCACAUUUCCAAACCCAACCAGCAAAUUAGCACUGAGUACACUGUAGCCAACAUCAUUUCUGUAACUUCUGGCCUGCUGAGCAUUGCCUCUGGGAUCAUUGCUAUCGUGGUGUCAAGAAACCUUCAUGAGUUCAAACUGCAAGUGGGGCUGUUGAUUGCAUCUUUCCUGAAUGCCUUGCUCUCAGCGGCAUGCUGCACGGGCCUUCUCUUGGCUGUUGGUAUAACUGUUGCCAACAAUGGGAAAGGUUUGAUGUUUGGAUGCAAUGAAACGGCGGUACCCAUCAGCGCCCGCUCUCCUGUCAGUGCUCAUUGUCCAUUUGACACGACACGAAUCUACGACACCACUCUGGCUCUUUGGAUCCCCUGUGCUGCUUUGUCAGCAGCUGAGACUGGACUGUCCGUGUGGUGCUUCAUCGUUGGUCUAACUCUGAGAGGCCUGGCGCCCUGUGGGAACAGCUACAUCAAAGAGCAGGUUCGGGACUUUGUGAAAAAGUCAUUCAGCCCCACCCUCGAGCUUCCACAAAGCGGAUGGAUACAUGAGCUGAUGGGCACAGAUCCGACCGCUAAGGGGACAAUCUCCACGUUAUAUGCAAGUAUUCAGAAUGUGGCUUCCCCCUCCCUGGACAACGUAAGAAGGAAAUGGGAGGAAGAAUUGGGGCUGGACAUUUCAGAGGUUGACUGGGGAGGGGCAGUAGAUCUAGUACACUCUGCUUCUGUAUGUAUAAGACAUGGAUUGAUAAAGUUUAAGGUGUUACAUAGACUCCACUUGUCAAAGGAGAAACUGGCAAGAAUGUACCGGGGUCCGAUCCGACCUGCCCCAGAUGUAAACAGGUGCCAGCCAACUUAUGCCACAUGUUUUGGUCUUGUCCCAGGCUGAAAGACUUUUGGGCUAACAUCUUUAGAACGUUCUCACUCAUUUUUAACGAAGACAUCGAACCAAUGCCUCUGACAGCCAUCUUUGGUGUGGCACAGACGGAAACUCGGCUAACAGCCUCUCAGAGGAAGGCACUAGCAUUUACCUCAUUGUUGGCCAGGAGACUGAUUCUAUUUAACUGGAUAAAGGCAACACCGCCAUCCCACAAACGCUGGUUGGAAGAAGUGAUGGCACACCUCAAAUUAGAACAUCUCAGAUUUACGAUUCAGGGCAACACCAAAAAAUUCUUUAAGGUCUGGCAGCCUUUCAUUUCUUAUUUUGAAGAUAAGUUUCCGUCUACUCCAUAACUGGCAACUUCCUACCCCCCCCCCCCCCCCCCCCUUUUUUUUUAUUUUAUUUUAUUUUAUUUUUUUUGUCUGGGUAUAGUUUUAUUUUGCAUUGUGUUGUAGGACUUGAGUUCGAGCUUUUUUGUGUGAAUUAUAUGCUUUUUGAAAACGUAAUAAAAACACUGAUUAUCUAAAAACCUCCACCAAUAACACAUUUUGGUCUCGCGGAAAUGGCACACUUCUCUGGGUCUUCCAUUCAUUACGCACUCACGUAUUUAGCAACAGAACACCACUUGUGUGAGAGGUUCAUGGCUCAAUAACAUCAGAGGAGAAACAGCUGGCUGCUACCACUUCAACUUUAGGACAAACUACCAAAGUCCCAAAAAGAUAAACACCAUUUAAAGUCACAGACUACAAAAGACAUUUGAACCUAGAAAACGGUGAUGGGUGUUUAGCGCUAACUCGUUUCCUCUGGCAAUGUGGGUUUCCAGUUCCAGUAUACGCAGAUCCAAGAAAUAAACCGAAGAGGAGGGGUGAGUGUUUGGUGACUGUGUUUGCGUUCAAACCCAUCUUGUUUGCAAAUUCGCUAUAACAGCUUUAAAAUCAUCUUUUGCGUGUUCAUUCUGUGUAAUCCAUCAAAUUCCUUUGCGUGUUUUUUUUAAACACAGUAUAGUAAAGAUUUGUUUUUACUGUUUAGCCUGGGAAAUUUUGGCCAACACUGUAGCCUUCCUCACAGCGCCGCCAGCUAGUGUUAGCUGAAACUUGUCCGCUUUAAGGGUAAAAACAAAUCUUUACCAUGCUUUGUUUGGAAAAGAAUAUAACAAUAGGUUGUCUGAACAGGACAAAGGUUGUUUAAUUAGUCUGAAAUUAACUCGUUACAGUGAAUUUUAAAUAAAGCUUCUCACAUUGCUACUAAAGUUAGUAGCUUGGCUUCUCUAUGCACCACCUUGGUCAUGUUGCUUGAUGUAAUGGCAAUACAUACUUUCUUUUAAAGUAAGAAAAAAUAGAUAUCUUUUUUCAUUUUUGAUCAGUUUGUUUUUAAAAAGCUUUAUUGUUUUUGUUGCCCCUGUCUGAUUCGGAUCCAUCUCAUACCAACACUGUUGCUCUCUGUGUGGUAAUUAUACAACCCAACACGUAGCGCUGCUGUCAUCAGCCUUCACACUUAACUUUUUUCUC